UUUCCGCUUUUGACAGCAAAAAAGACGCGAACCUGCAAAGGUCGAUUGUUUGGGUUCAGCAGCAUUGCGCUAGCGAGUAGAUUUUCAUUAAAAAAUUUGCCCAUUUUCAACUAAAAGUUCACGUACUAAGCAAAACAAUUGUUGCUCGGUGUGUCUGCGCAUCCCGCUAAACAAUAAUCCGUGGUAUCGCACGACGCGAUAGCACGCAGCAGGCGAGCAAAGGCUCAUACAAUCUUGGCUUGUGUGUGUGUGCGUGUUUUUUUUGUUUUGGAAGGACACUAUCCUGAACCAUGGUACCGAUUGGAGGGCCGGUUGGGCAUGGUGGGCACCCGAUUCACAUACCAACUCCGAUCCAGAAUGCUCCUCCACCGUCGCAGAGCCAGCAUGCACCAUCUAGUCAGAACCGGCAGUCGCUUUCCGUGAAACCAAAUUAUACCCUCAAGUUCACACUAGCCGGACAUACGAAAGCGGUUUCGGCAGUAAAAUUUAGCCCGAACGGGGAAUGGCUUGCAAGCUCCUCUGCUGACAAGUUGAUCAAAAUAUGGGGUGCAUACGAUGGCAAGUUCGAGAAAACGAUCUCGGGCCACAAGCUCGGUAUUAACGAUGUGGCGUGGUCGAGCGACAGUCGCUUGCUGGUAACGGCCAGCGACGACAAGACGCUCAAAAUCUGGGAACUCAGCUCGGGCAAGUGUCUGAAAACGCUGAAGGGCCACACCAACUACGUGUUCUGCUGCAACUUCAACCCGCAAAGCAAUCUGAUCGUGUCGGGCAGCUUCGACGAGUCGGUGCGCAUCUGGGACGUGCGUACCGGCAAGUGUCUGAAGACGUUGCCCGCCCACUCGGAUCCGGUGUCGGCGGUACACUUCAACCGCGACGGUUCGCUGAUCGUUUCGUCGAGCUACGAUGGGUUGUGUCGCAUCUGGGACACGGCCAGCGGCCAGUGCCUGAAGACGCUGAUCGACGACGACAAUCCGCCCGUUUCGUUCGUCAAGUUUUCCCCGAACGGCAAGUACAUCCUGGCGGCCACGCUCGACAACACGCUCAAGCUGUGGGACUACUCGAAGGGCAAGUGCCUGAAGACGUACACGGGCCACCGCAACGAGAAGUACUGCAUCUUUGCCAACUUUUCCGUCACCGGUGGCAAGUGGAUUGUGUCGGGCAGUGAGGACCACAUGGUUUACAUCUGGAACCUUCAGAGCAAGGAGAUCGUGCAGACGCUGCAGGGCCACACGGAUACGGUGCUCUGUACGGCGUGCCAUCCGACCGAGAACAUCAUCGCUUCGGCUGCGCUCGAGAACGACAAAACGAUAAAGCUUUGGAAGAGCGAUACGUAGAGCGGUUGGCCCACCGUACCCACUGCUCGGCGGCACACAAAAGCGUGGCAAGGGAGGGCAUUUGGUUUAGGAGUAAUUUCAUGCAACAGCUGAUAGGAAAGGUAGAAGCGACAUCCCUAGCACAGUAAGCAAGAUUCAGAACGGUUUUAUAAGCAUACGACGUCUGGUGUAUAACAAUAUACGAACUAACCAUACAACCUACUACUACACUGUACUACGAA